AACCUAAAAAUAUUUAUUAUGUCGAUGUGAUAUUUCUAUUUUAUUUUCUUGAUGUAUGCAGUUAUUUGUACAAGCUUUGGGGUAUUGUUUCUACUCCUAAUUACUUGGUGGUUAUACAAAGUGAUAAAGAAAAGAAACAAAAUCAAGCUCAAGCAAAAAUUCUUCAAAAGUAUGGUAUUACGGCAACAAUUAUCUUCAAAUGAAAACAAUGUUCAGAAGGCAAAAUUAUUCAAUUCAAAGGAGUUGGAAAAGGCGACAGAUCGUUUUAAUGAAAACAGAAUACUUGGUAAGGGUGGACAAGGUACAGUUUAUAAAGGAAUGUUAAUUGAUGGAAGAAUUGUGGCAAUUAAAAAGUGCAACACAGUGGAUGAGGGAAAUCUUGAACAAUUCUUUAAUGAGAUUAUCAUUCUUUCACAAAUCAAUCAUAGAAAUGUGGUUAAACUACUUGGGUGUUGUUUAGAAAAAGAAGUUCCUUUGCUAGUUUAUGGAUUCAUUCCCAACGGCACACUUUUUCAGUAUCUCCAUGAAGAAAAUGAAGAUUUUCCAUUGCUAACAUGGGAUAUGCGCUUAAGAAUUUCCACUGAAAUUGCGGGAGCUCUAUCGUACUUACACUCGGCAGCUUCACUGCCAAUUUACCAUCGAGACAUAAAAUCUUCAAACAUACUUCUUGAUGACAAAUAUAGAGCAAAAGUAGCAGACUUUGGCACUUCAAGAUCAAUAGCCAUUGACCAAACCCAUGUAACCACACAAGUAUAUGGUACUUUUGGGUACUUGGAUCCAGAAUACUUUCAAACAAGCCAAUUUACAGAAAAGAGUGAUGUUUAUAGUUUUGGAGUGGUCCUUAUUGAACUUUUAACAGGAGAAAAACCAAUUUCUUCGACUAGAUCUCAAGAAGGUCGGAAUCUAUCUACAUAUUUCAUUAAUUCAUUAAGAGAGAACUGUCUUUUUGAUAUACUUGAUACUCAAGUAAGUAAGGUUGGUAAUAAAGAUGCAAUUAUGACAAUUGCUAACCUUGCAAAAAGAUGUUUGCACUUUAAUGGAAAGGAACGACCUACGAUGAUUGAAAUCAUGAUGGAGUUGGAGGGAAUUCAAAAACUUUUGCCUGUUCAACCAAAUUUCGAAGAACUUGAAUAUGUUAGAAAUGAAGAAAUGGGACCUUAGAAUGAUGUUUCUAUUUCAACAAGUUCAUGUUUAGAAUUAAACACAACUUCAUCAUCAGACGUCCUACCACUUUUAUCCAUUAAA